CAAGCGAGUACUUCCAAUUAACCAUAUAAGGUCUCACUAAGCCCGCCAAAAAGGAAUUGGUUGUGCGCUCAUUUGGAAAACUAAGAGAAAUACCUACAAAAACACGUGAAACUGCUGAAUUUCCCAAAUGAAAUGGGUCCUCCACAGAAAUCCGAGAGAGAUGUUAGCAUCGACGAUGAGGAGGAAAUACUGGCGCUGGAAAAACUGCUGGGCGCAGCAGAAAACAAAAUUCCAAAAUCUGCAGAAUCAAAAAAAUCAAAGCCCGCCGCGCCUAUUUUGGGCCAUGCGUUGCCUAAACUACGAGAAGACAUCAGUUUUGCUAAUGCCCUGACCUUCGAGAAGAUCGUGAAACCCGCAAAGCAAGGGAAAAUUAAUAUUAGUAAGGAACCAGAGCUGGACUCCUCCGACGACGAGGAGGUAAAGAACUUCUUAGAACGCAAGUACAAUGAGUACGGAAGUGAUAUAAACAAGACUCUGAAGCAGCAGCGGGAGAACGCCUAUGAGUGCAAGGUGGCCAGAGAAGUGGAUAAGGAGCUUAAUAAGACUACCCAGGGGGUUACAUCCACGCCGCAACCCCUGAAAAAUCCGCACCAUCCCAUUAAACGCCAGUCGGCCGUGAGCAGCAGGUUUCAACGACCUUCGCCAGCCGCUGCCGCCGUGGCAUCCGCAUGCCAGCCAAAUGCUCCCGUUUCUGCUGUAUACACAGAUCCAGUCUUUGGACUGCGCAUGAUCAAUCCGCUAGUCUCCAGCUCACUGCUGCAGGAGCGUAUGGCGGGCAGGAAACCUGUGCCCUUCUCCGGCGUUGCGUAUCACAUCGAGCGGGGUGAUUUGGCCAAAGAUUGGGUCAUUGCUGGCGCUCUGGUUUCCAAAAAUCCUGUAAAGAACACCAAGAAGGGUGAUCCCUACUCCACCUGGAAACUAUCGGAUCUGCGGGGAGAGGUUAAAACGAUCUCACUUUUCCUUUUUAAGGAGGCCCACAAAUCCCUGUGGAAAACAGCUGAGGGCCUGUGCUUGGCUGUCUUGAAUCCAACUAUUUUCGAGAGGAGAGCGGGUAGCUCCGAUGUGGCCUGCCUAUCCAUCGAUAGCUCCCAGAAAGUCAUGAUUCUGGGUCAGUCCAAGGAUUUGGGAACAUGUCGUGCAACCAAGAAAAGUGGAGACAGGUGCACUUCGGUUGUUAAUUUAACCGACUGUGAUUAUUGCAUUUUCCAUGUGAAGCAGGAAUACGGCAAGAUGUCCCGACGUUCGGAACUGCAAUCGGCGACCGCAGGUCGUGGGAUCAAUGAGCUGAGGAACAAAGUUUUAGGCAAAAACGAGGUAUUUUAUGGCGGUCAAACCUUUACUGCAGUUCCCGCAAAAAAAAGUGCUAAGUUAAUCGCCAAGGAACGCGAUCGUCUGAGUAUGCUGGCUGGCUAUGAUGUUUCCCCUUUCGCCCAUACCGCUAAUCACGCUUCAAAGCCCAAAACAGCCGAAUCCAUUAAAAUACCAUAUGCGGACCGUGGCGGUCCUGUUUCCCGUUUAGCUGGUGGAGUGGAAGCGUCUAGGAAACAAAGAGUCCAAGAUCUAGAGCGGUUGCGUCUGCUUAAGGAGGAAAAUGAGCGCUUUAAAAAUGAAGAGCAGGCUGACGGCCAUGUCUUGGGAAGUGGUAAAAAAAAAGAAUAUGAAGGAGCCACGCCCGAUGUCAGCAUGCCCACUACACCUGUUCCAGAAAAAUUCAAAAACCGCGGCUUCUCCUUUGAUGCUAGUUUAACGCCCAAGCUUUCCGGUAGCGAAAACUUUUUCUUUGAAAUCAAUGUAGGAUCUAGCCAGGCGAAAAAUGCCAAGCUGAAAGCAGCCGCCUUGCUGAAGAAAAAGCCACUGGAGAAAAUCAAUCCCAACUCCACACGAGGUAGUGAGAGUGGUAAGAGAAGAGCCAUCGAUGAACUCAACGAGAAGUUCUCCAGCAGUGCCAAGCGCAAAAAAAUGGAAGAGGACGAUAGAGAGAUGAUGCGCAAAUCGAGAAUCGAGAAAAUUAUGGCGGCCACCUCAUCGCAUUCGAAUCUCGUGGAGAUCCGAGAGCGCGAAGCGCAGGAGGAGUACUUCAACAAGCUUGAACGCAAGGAAGCGAUGGAAGAAAAGAUGCUGGGAACUUACAAGAUGCCAUGCAAGGCGGUCAUCUGUCAGGUGUGCAAGUACACAGCCUUUUCCGCUUCUGAUCGUUGCAAGGAGCAGAAGCACCCCUUGAAGGUGGUCGAUGCUGAAAAGCGAUUCUUCCAGUGCAAAGACUGCGGAAAUCGGACAACCACCGUAUUCAAGUUGCCCAAACAGAGCUGUAAGAAUUGCAAGGGGUCGCGAUGGGAAAGGACGGCCAUGAUACGGGAGAAAAAGGUACUGACUGGUAGGGAAACUCUAUCCGUGAGAGGAGACGAGGAAACCUUUAUGGGAAGCCUUGCCGGUAGUGCUAAUCUCAACCUGCUGGUACCUGAUGAUGAGUGAAGCCCGAGUUUUUCGCUAUCGGUAAUAUUUGCUUUAUUUUAUUACUAUUUCAAUUAAUGUUUAAAAUUUAAAUAACAUACAUAUGUAGUACAUACAUGUAUUUACAGUCCUCUUGUUUAUCGCUUUUUGACUUAUAAAAAGGAUUUGUCAUCGAUAAAUAAGUAUAGUGGUUCGAAUGUGAGAUGGUUCGUGCUGGAUUUAAGAUGUACCAGGUGUGCUCACUGAUUUUUAAUAAAUGUUAAUCUUAUAAUUGUAUAGCUUAUAAGGUAAAUAAAUUGAAACUUAUAUUA